AUGCCGCCAUUCCGUAACCUGUUCCCUAAACGCCCAGCCGUUAACGUGGAAGAAGCACACGAUGAGCCGCCUCAACGACUGUCCACAGACAGCCCGUCACGGAGCUCGCGGCCUUCGUUAACUCUCGGGAGGAGUAACAUUGAGGAACCCAAUGAAUAUAAAAUGAGCGUCGUGAGCGACAAUGGAGUCUAUCUCCCGCCCUCGCCCACGGAGAAGAAGAGCUAUUGGCAGAGACCAUCGUCUCGGAAAGCCAGCCGAAACCUCCUUGACGAGAAUGAACCCUUUUCUAUCUCUCGGGAGUCGUUUGAUUCCUAUCGCCGCUCAUUUGAUAUAUCCGCUCGAUCACCCGUGAGCCAACACUCCGAUACCGCUGCGUCACGCACUUCCCUCGACUCUCGUUUGUCCCGGACCUGCCCACGUUCAAUUGCGAGUGGCACCUCUCUUGAGCCUCCCAACUCCAGCGACAGGGAUGAGGUAGAAGACCCCUUUGAGGACGUCUCUUUGACUGAUGACUCGAGGCCGAAAAAGCGUGGGUUCUUCUCUCGUUUUGGUGAUUCGCCGGCCGGCUCGCAGACAACGCAGGGCAAAUCAUCCUCUUCGCACAACUUCCAUUUCCCGGGGAGACGGCGAGACCAGGUCGGCCAAGGCGCGGAACUCGCAAGCAUGGAUCAGGAUAAAUGA